CCAUUUCCACACCUUCCACGCCUUUUGCUUGCACCCUUCAGUCCAUCUUCCGAACUCUGCAAGGCAACUCUUCAAUUGUUCAGCAGCAGUGCUUUUGAGGGCCAUUUUCGAUAAGUGUCCCUUAGCGUCAUUUAAUUAGUUCAUAUCGGAAAAUAUUUAUUGUGAAAAACGGCGUCAAAGUGGAGUGAAUUGCAAUAUUUGAAAAAUAAAGUGUAGGUUUUUUACUUCAAAAAGGCAUAAUGCAAUUUCGGAAUCCUUCACGGAUGGGUGCCACCCUCUUGAUAACUACUUUGUUAUCCGUGUCGAACGUGGGAGGACAGUUUUAUGCGGAUUAUGGCGACACGGGUGGUGGCCUUGGCGUUGGAGGAGGCGGAGGCUAUAACUUGAACCCGUUUGAUAUUCCUGUCAUCUACAAACAAGAUAGGUUCCCUGCUUCGUACCCUGUCGCACCCACAAUUUACCAAGUGGCGUUGAUGAAACCGAUCGAACCGAUGCCCGGAAAGAAGACGGUUCCACUCUACAUCGUCCCGGAAGAGUCGCUCCUCGUCAACCCCAACAAUUUCGACAACCAUUUACACCGGGCAAAGCGAUCCAUCGACCCCCACGGGCUCCGCCUGAAUAUAAAAUACCCCCAGUUUUACGGCCUCACUGACGGGUAUCACAUCCCCGCCGUCGAAAUACCUCUGCACAAACCCAUGAUCGUGAGACAGAUUGAGGUCAACGUGCUAGCGCCUGAGGGAUUCAUGGUGCCUUAUCAAUCAGACGAUCGACAAUGGCCAUCGCCCUACCCGAUGACAACUGGCUGUCUGGUGGCCUCCAUCCCCAGGAAUGAAUACGUUUCGGACGACCAUCCCAUCACGAUAAGGAGAUUGUUUGCCGUCCCGAGUCUUCCAGAAUAUCCAACUUAUCGCCCAGCUUUCCCGAAUCAUGGUCAGCUCGCUUAUCCAGGUCAAGUCUCCUCUCCGCACGUACAUCCGCCACACGGGGACGGAGUCACCCUCAACUUUUACCCGAAUGGUCAAGCCCAUCCCCCUCACAGCCAUCCACACUCGCGCCCCGUCGUCUACGCCCAUCCAACGCAGACAAGCAAAGCUCCCGUUUUCGAGUUGGUCCCCGUAACGCCGAAAAGCAAUCGGCGAAAUGGAAAUAGACGGAAAGGCGGAAAGAAUAAGGAUGACGACGACUCCGACGAGGAUCGCGACCGUUCUGAGGAGGACGAUGAUAAUAACGACUCUAGUUCAAAAGACAGCCAGGAAGAAAAUUCUGACGAGGAUGAGAAACGAGACAGCCGGCGGUGCCGAGAUCGAGACGGGAGUCGAAGUGGGAGGAGGAAUUGUGGUAGGAACAGGAACCGAAAUAGUAGGGAUAGGAGUUCAACAACGAGGAGAACUACUACAACCACGGGAUCUAGCACCACUACGCGUACCACAACCACACCUACGACGACGACGCCGACGACGACAACGCCAUCCACCACGACUCCGGCGGCGUCAUCAAUCCAAGACAUAAUUGCUGCCUUCUCGUCCUACCGUGACCGCGAGAGGGAACGAGACGACAGAAGGAACCGAAUUUCCGCAUCCUUCUACGAGGACGAGGAACGCGAAAGGAAAACCUCCACCCGAAGCAGAGGGGGCGAUCGAGACCGGUCUCAACAAUCGGAAGGUCUCCGCAGUGGAAAUUCUGCAAGUUACUCUUCCCGAGAUCGCGACCGUGACCGUGAUCGUGUCGUCGACGAUGAUGAUCGUCCCAGAAACAACAACGACCAACGAUCUCCACCCCCAACGCCGCCACCGCCACCUCCACCACGUGACCUGCUUGCAGAAUCAUCGCCUGAACGAGAGAGCAGAACGUCAUCCUCGAUACGAGACGUCCCCUCGGACAAUAACAUUAACGAAUUAAGGGAACAAGCCCUUCAAAGACAAAUCAGUCAGUUGCAUCGGCUCCUCAGUAGUCUAAACCUCACCCAAGAAGAUAGCAACAGCAAUAAUACGACGAGUCAGCAGCAGCAAAGUUAGGGCAAAAUAAGAGCGAAGGAUUUUUAGAAUUAUGCGUUUUUUAUACACUAAAGUAAAUCUUUCCUGUUCUCAUUAACCGCUUAUUUAAUUUUGAAUAGAAUUAUGAGUGAUUUUGUAAUAAAGUUAUUUCCUUAAAAA